AAGUAAAACAAACAUUUGAAACGUGUGAAAUGGUUCUUUUUUAGUUCAUAACAUAUACAGAAAGAUGGCCACAGAUAGCGUGGACUUUUAUGCACGCAUGCAAAAGCUCGAGGAGACGCAACAGAAUAGAGAGAAGCAGAGAACUAAACUCGAGCAAGAGUUCAAUGUCUAUAUAAAGUCAGACUCACGACUGAACAAAGUACGGGCUAGCAAGCUUCAGAGUUACUGGACCAAGAUCUGUGAGGAUGAACGGCGCAGUAAGGCUCGUAACGAUCAGCUAUUACGGGAAUAUGAGCGUGUGGACGCACAUGUGGCUGCACUGUCUGCGAGAACAGAUAGAUUAAAACUACUCAAGGAUCAGUAUGAGAAACAGAUUGAGAUAAUGUAUCCAAGCUGGCAAGAACAAGUAGAGAUCAAGAGGCGUCAACAACUGCUGCAGCAACAGAAAGAACAGCAGCAGCUUGCAGAGCGAGUUCAACAGUUACAUCAGCUGCAGUCAACGGGGCCAAAGCAACAGCAACAACAACACCUACCCCUCAACCAGCAACAGCAGUUUGGCCAGCAGCAUCAGCAGUUAUCACAUCAACAGGGGAAACCUGUUCUGCAACAGCAACAGCAGCAGCAAUACUUACCCCAACAGCAGCAACUACGACACCUACCCCUCAACCAGCAACAGCAGUUUGACCAGCGAGAACGGCAGUUACCGCAUCAGCAGGGGUCACAAGUUCUGCAGCAGCGGCAAUACCUACCCCAACAGCAGCAGCAUGGCCAGUUUGCUCCCCAACUUCACAUUGAGCAGGUCCCAUACUCAAAUCACCAGCAGCAGCAGCAGCAACCUGGGCAGAUCACAGAUGCAAGCGGUGAGUAUGAUCGCCUCAAACGAGCAAGCCCAGGCAUACCAAAUAUCCAGGUCCAAGCCAACACCCCACCUCAAUCACGUCUGCAGGAUCCCCUGUAUGCAAGUCGUCAGUUUGGUUCCCUACCACAAAAUCUCUCGUACGACGGCUCAACUUCAGGACCUGGUUUCCAGACAAAUCUUCAAGAAGCUGCAGAUGACUACGAAACCCCAAGUGGCACUAGUAGGUUUAGCACGAGACAGAACGGUUCGCUGGGUUACAGCCAACAAGGACAGAGCCCCAUGGCGUACGGAGAAUCUGGGCCAGUGUUGGAUAAUCGUCAAUUGCAAUAUCAGAACGACGAUGGUGGAUAUACAAAGCUCAAUGCUCGUAUCCAAUCGACAAGACUGCCUUCAGCAGAUUUAUCUAUCUAUACUGAUAUUCAGCAUGAUGGAGCCGGAGGAAGGAGACCGACUUUCGAAACGUUCCCUCAAGCUGGCGUUCAGGCAUCGUCAAACCACCCUGAAGCACCUCAGCACACACAGCCAACCCAAGCGGUGUCGAAUAACAGCAUGGAUGCUGCAUCAACCUACCCUCCGAGCCAAGCCAGCUCCAUCAAUCCACUGGCUCCAAGCUCUCAGCCACCAGUGACAACCCAGCCUGCGAGACUUCCACGCGGCAAAUCAAGUCCAAAUGUCAACCAGGCGAAGAAGACUGUCCUACCGCAGAUCAACGACAGCGACGGCGAAAACGACAGCGUCGUCACCCCGCUGAAUGACGACGAUCUGUACGAAACACCAACCACUACCCAACCCCGUGGCGGGAAUUCUCAGCUGAAGCCCAUGGAUAUGUUGAAACCGUCCGAGCGCGCUGGAUCGGCCGUCAGCGGGAAGGCGAUAUCCACGGCACGCACUGACCCGUUCUCCUCGGAAGAAGACGAAGAUGAGGAAGAUAGCGUCGCUGAGGAGGACACGGCUGCCCUGAGGAACGCCCUCCAGAAGCAGUUACAUGUCAGUGGUGAUGAGGCAUCCAAGAGGAAACAGAACCUUUUGACGGCUGCUGAUGAAAGAGUUGGAGAUCAGCCGUCCAAAGCGGCAAGAGGAGAGAGCGAUAGGGAGAAGGCUGCUCAACAAGUAUCGAUAGCAAAGCCGAGACAGAUGCAAGAGUCCAAAGUACAAUCUCAACUAGACGAGAGAGAUUCUGCAAGUGAUAGUGAUGAUGAGAUUGGCAGUGAUAUGAGCUUGCCUCUCAGUGAUGAGGAUGAGACGGGGCCGAGGAGCGGGAGCAAAAAGAUGGCCGCCGAGAAGACACCAGCAUCUAACGAGAUGUCCCAGGAGGCGAGAUCCAAACCAAAGGCCUCCACCCUGAUGGUGACGGAGCAAGGAUUCUGGCGACUAGUAUCGGCCGUGGAGCAAGAGAUCGAUCAGUCCGAUAAUAUUGAGAAGAUUUACAACCAGCCUGAAAGCACCCAAGCCAUCAAGACAGAGAUCGCCAAGACAGUAAACAAUAAUGGCAGCCUGGAUCAUCUAGACCCCAAUGCCAUCAGUAUGGUGGUGCUGCAGCAGUUGCAGCAGAUUGUACUAACCUUACCCGGAGGAUGUCUGCUCUCUGAUAAACUACUAGACACCAACAGGACCAUCACCGAAGUCACUGUCAGGUCAUUUCUUUAUUCCUCGGCGCUGGGUUUCUGGGAUAAACUUCUCCAGCAUCUGGUGCUGCUUAUGAGGAAAGGCGUGAUGGACGCAGAGGAUGUUGCCAACAUGGUGGCUCCGCUCCUCAUUAGUGAUGACUCCACCAUGGCUGAUAAGGCAGUGGAUGUGUUGAUAACGAUCUUGCAAGAGCAGGAGCAGCUAGAAGACAGCCAGCUCGAUGAUACCUACUCAACUCUACCCUCUGCCUCGGCCACGCCUGCUCAUCUUAGCAUGCCACAAGAGGGCGCUACCAACCAACCCCAGGUACCACCUAUAGUUCCACGCCUAGAUCUCGGAGGUACAGGUGACCACAAAACUCCAGAGAUUGAAACUGACCGAGUUAGUCAUGACAGUUUCUUUGAUGAGCCUUCCGUUCCAUUAACAGAAACCAUAGCCUACCAGCAGAUGAUGCAGAGCUCUCAGGGGUCGGCUAAGCUUAAAGAUCUGGAUGGUCUGGGAGACAGCGAAGAGGGGGAUGAGGAGGAUUCAUCUGAAGAUGAAGAAGAUGAUGAGAUUGAGAAGGCUACCAGACUUUCUCCUGAGACCCCUCCUUCAUCCAGAAACAAGAGGAGGAGAAAUGUCUUAUCAUCGUUUGGAGGAAGCAAUAGUUUGGGUCUUAGCUACGGGGAUGAUGAUGAUGAAGAUGGGGAUGAGGCAAAACAAGAUGGUGGAGAAACCAAACGAUCUGAGCAGAUGUCGGAUCUGAUCAGUUCCCCGUCGCCGUCUCCUAGUCCUAAAGGAUCGGGAUAUGUCCCCUCCGCCAUGGAACAAAGCAUGAAGUCUACCGGCCGCAGUGACCCCUUACAGAGGUCAGCAGCCUUCUGGGGUGAAGAGUCGGACAUGGAGGAAUCAGAGAUGAGUGUGCCCAUGGGAACGCUGAAAUCAGAUGACUUGAAAGAUGAUUUCGAUUUCUACGACUGAGCGAUGCAAGGAGACUACAGUCCCGUUUGCUGUGCUGCAAGAGUCGGAUCCUGUGUGACAUGGGUUUAUGAAUUUGUGGUACAAGAACUUCUGCAUUGGGACUCAAGCCCCGGUAUGGCUCCAAACCCUGAGGAAACCUGUCAACUAAUAGUUGACUUGGUAUUGUAGAGCGCAUGUAUCUACCACCAGCAAGGUUGGCAAGGUGCUUGAUCAAAGAGAAACAUUUGUAAGACGUUUUGAAAUUUUUGAGUUAUGAGACAAAUUUAUGUAGCACCUUUGUACUGUUGUAGGGGGUUUGCAAAGUGCUGUGUUGCACUCAGCAGUCACUGACAGAAACACCGCAGCAAACCCCUUUACUUGGUGUACUUACUGACAAGUGAAACUGGGUUCUUUUAUGUGCACAGUACAUGGGUCCUACGGCUUUCUUCCCUCCCGAAGGAUGAAGCAAUUGUGGUAAAGUUUUUGUCAAUUUAUUUUGAUUGGCCUAUAAAGUUUGCAGACUGAUUUCAAUACAAGGUUUAAGUUUGAUAUGAAAGAUUUUUAUACAGUACUAUAUUGAUAAUCAGGGUCCACUUUUUAUCAUUUUAAUUUUGGAGAGCUUGAGUGGGGGAGGAGAAAGGGGGAAGUCACAAGGCC